AUGAUUGACGAAAACUUCAAAAAGAAACUAGCAGUUAGCCGAGAACGAGUUGAGGAUUUGUUCUAUUUUGAGAACUCAAAAGAAAUCGGUCGAGGAACAUAUGGAUUAGUCUACAAAGCCGUGCCGAAGCAUUCCAACGGACGAUUCCCAAACAAAGAAUAUGCAUUAAAAAUGAUAGAAGGUCAAGGGUUUUCUAUGUCGGCGUGCCGAGAAAUUGCACUUUUUCGAGAAUUGAGGCACCCCAAUCUCAUAUGCUUGCAACGGGUUUUCCUCACUAACGAGAAGAAAGUAUGGCUUUUAUUAGACUAUGCUGAACACGAUCUCUGGCACGUCAUUAAGCAUCACCGAACUGCAAAGACCAAAAAAGUUCCAAUAAUGGUCCCACGAAACAUGGUCAAAAAUAUACUGUUCCAAAUUUUAUCUGGGAUGCACUAUCUUCAUUCUAAUUGGGUCCUUCAUCGUGAUCUCAAACCUGCAAACAUUCUUCUUAUGGGGGAUGGAGGACCAGAUAUGCGUGGAAGGGUAAAAAUAGCUGAUCUGGGAUUUUCGAGAAUUUUUGCAAAUCCUUUGAAACCUAUGGCAGAGUUGGACCCCGUAGUCGUGACUUUUUGGUAUCGUGCUCCUGAGCUUCUACUUGGUGCCAAACAUUAUACAAAGGCUAUCGACGUAUGGGCGAUUGGAUGUAUUUUCGCUGAGCUCUUGACAGCCGAACCACUAUUCUUCUGUAAAGAAGAGGAUAUCAAAGCGCAGAACCCAUAUCACUAUGAUCAAGUCAAGAGGAUAUUCCAUCUUUUGGGAUAUCCAUCCGAUACGGAUUGGCCAGACAUGAAGAAAAUGCCAGAUCAUCAGAGACUUUUGAACGAUGCUAGAAACGAAGGAACACCAAUCCAAACAUUCCCUAACAGUCUGCAAAGAUAUUUUGAUAAAUGGAAGAUCAAUUCACAGAGUUCCCCGUACCGAUUACUCGUUAAACUGUUGACUGUCGAUCCACUCAAACGCGUUAGUUGUGAAGAAGCAAUGAACGAUAUCUACUUCAGAAAAAUGGAACGCCCGCCUAGAGAAACAGAUGACGUCUUUAACAGAUAUCCAAUCCCAUAUGCUAAAAAGGAACAGCAAAUAACAAUUCCAAUUGACCAAUUUCAGCAACAACAGCAACAACAACAACAACAACAACAGCAACAACAACAACAACAACAACAACAACAGCAACAGCAAAUGCAGCAACCACAAAUCGGCCCUCCACAGAUGAUGGGACAGCCUCAAAUGGGACAGCCACAAAUGGGACAACCCCAAAUGGGACAGCCACAAAUGGGUCAGCCACAAAUGGGACAGCCACAGAUGGUGCCGUCACAAAUGGGACAGCCACCUAUGGGAGGACCACAUCCUGGCGUGGUCGCUCCUGAUGGGCAUGCACACCAAAUGAUGCAGCAACAGCAUCAGUCGCAGCAUCACAUGCAGUAUCAACAGAUGCACGAUUCGAUGCAGGGUGGAAUGGAUGAUGGAGGUCCGCAAGCUAAGAUGAUGCGAAUGGGAAACGUUCCUGUUGGAAGAUAUGGUCCAAUGGGUCCUCCUUAUGGACCCCAAGACUUCCAUGCUCCACAGGGUCCACCAAUGAUGCAAAUGAUGCCACAACCAGGACCAUCCGGAUACUACCAGCAACGACCUGGGCAACCUCCUGGACCAGGUCCACAAGGAUAUAUGAAUCCACAAAUGGGCAUGACGAUGGGAAUGCGUCCUCAAGGAGUACCUCAACAAGCAUAUAUGCCUGGACGUGGAAUGCCGCCACCUCAAGGUCCAAAUCCACAACAGCAGCAGCAAUGGCAGCAGUAUCAUCGAUAA